UUCCGUGCAAUAUUUUAGCUGAAAUUUCCCUCGAAACUCCCCCAAAAAUGGAUGUUAUCAACAAAUUAUACUCUUCCGUAAGUAGUACGGUGUCUCAACUAUCAGGAGUGUUACCUGGCAAUCCCGUAACUCGUGAAUUUGAGGCAGAAAAACAAAUUGCAUCGGCAGGACGUGGUCUUGUAUGGAAAAUUUACAAAGGAUACAAAAAAUCCACGAAACAAGAAGCAGCAAUUUUUGUCAUGGAAAAACGAAUGCUCGAUAAAUGGUCAAAAGAUGAUCGUGAUUCGUUCAUUGAGCAACUGAAACGUUCCGUAAUUCAAUUGACAAAAAUUCGACAUCCGCAGAUCCUGACAGUGCAACAUCCAUUGGAAGAAAGUCGAGAAUCGUUGGCGUUCGCGACAGAACCUGUAUUUGCAUCUUUGGCAAAUGUCCUUGGCGAUACGAGUAAUUUACCUUCGCCGAAUAACGUAGCAGGUCACAAACUCUUUGACAUUGAAAUAAAGUACGGAUUGAUGCAACUUGCGGAAGGAAUAGGAUUUUUGCAUUCCGACGUGAAAUUGCUGCACAGAAAUAUUUGUCCCGAGUCGAUAAUUGUGAACAAACAAGGAGCAUGGAAGAUUUUCGGCUUUGAUUAUUGUGCGAUGAAUCAACCAAUGAACGAUGGAAAACCAUAUUGGCCUCUUGUCGAAUAUAAUUCAUCGUGGCAUGUCUUGACACAACCCAGUUUGGAGUUUAUGGCUCCCGAAUACGGUUUGAUUUCGAGUCAUUCGCCUUCAAGUGACAUUUUUUCCCUUGGAAUACUGAUCUAUACAAUUUACUCUCGUGAUGGCAAGCCUCCGAAACAGUUUGGAAAGGAUUAUAAUGCUUACAAACGCUUUGCUGCAGACCUAAAACAGGGAAAAUAUCCAAAUUUAUCAGAAAUCCCCGAGCAACUUGUUGACUAUGUGAAGCUCAUGUUAAAUGCAACGCCAGAAAUGCGUCCCAACGUUCAUGAAUUCGUCAAAAUUCCAUUUUUUGAGGAUGUUGGAGUUAAAACCUUAAGUUACCUUGAUUCACUGUUCCAAUGGGAUAAUUUACAAAAAAGUAAAUUUUACAAGGGAUUGCCUCAGAUCAUCCAAAAAUUGCCGCAUCGCAUAAACUUGUAUCGAAUCAACCAAUGUCUCGUGAAGGAGUUUUUGAAUCCGCAAAUGGUCCCGUUUGUGUUGCCAAAUGUCUUAAUGAUCGCCGAUAAGUGUUCGCAAGAUGAGUAUUUGAAGUAUAUUUUUCCUCAUCUGAAGCCUGUCAUGAAAAUGCAAGAUCCGAUUCAAAUUUUGUUGAUUUUUAUGCAAAAAAUGGAGCUUUUGCUGCGAUUGACGCCUGCGGAAGAUGUAAAAUCGGAUGUUUUACCCAUGUUAUACAGAGCAUUAGAAUCUGACGCCCAACAAAUUCAGGAAUUAUGUUUGUCGGUUUUGCCAACAUUUGCUUCGUUGAUCGAUUAUCCCGCCAUGAAGAACGCUCUCAUGCCAAGAAUCAUGAAAUUGUGUCUCGGAACGGGAUUUGUGAGUGUUCGUGUGAAUUGUCUCCUGUGCAUUGGGAAGUUAUUGGAUAAUUUGGAUAAAUGGCUCGUUUUGGAUGAUGUUUUGCCGUUUCUUUCGCAAAUACCAUCACGAGAGCCCGCCGUGAUAAUGGCAAUUUUAGGAAUUUAUAAAUUAUGUUUGAACCAUAACAAGUUGGGAAUUACAAAGGAAGUCAUGGCGAACAAGAUAAUUCCCUUCCUUGUACCGUUAAGUAUCGAAAAUGGUCUUUCAGUAGCGCAAUUUAACGCAAUUAUGUCGAUGAUCAAGGAAAUGGUGCAACGAAUCGAGACGGAGCAUCGUUCAAAACUCGAACAAUUGAAUUCCAUCAAAAAUGAGACGAAGGAGAUGGAUUUGAAUUUACAACCAAAUAGCGGAUCUCUGCUUCCAAGUGUUAAAUCGCCUCCCACGAACGAAAUGGAUAAAAUGUUUUCGGAUCUCGGCUUGGAUGGAUACAUGGAUUCACAAACAUUCCCCGAAAAUUCGUCGCAAAAUGGAUUUUUCAGCCCGACAACGCCCAGCAACAUGUCAAGCAGUCUCUCUUCGGGCAGUUUAAGUUUGCAAGACAAACAACGAAUGGUAGCUCAGCAGGAAAUGAAUCAACGUCUUCAAACGCAAGCUCCAAUAAUGCCAUCUGCGGCUCCCCAAAAACAAGUGACUAAACCAAAAGACCUCACAUCAACGUUAAUCGAGUCGAAUUUAAGUCAAAUGCGCAUCACGCCAACGACAAAUAAUCAACCAAACUGGCAACAACCCGCGAAUUUCGCUUCCUUUGGUAAUGCAUUCCCAUCUCAACCCGCAGCUACAACAACAACAAAUUGGAAUACAACUCCGUCAUGGAAUUCGACAAUUCCCAAUUCGAGUAGUUUGAAUUCCUUGAAUAGUUUGAUGCCGAUGAAAAAUGAUAAAAUUCCGAUGAAUCAAAUGCAGAAAACUUUAACAAGUCCAAUUGCUCCGAGUAUGAGUUUUAUGAAUAGCACGAACAAUAAUUCGACGUCGACGACGACAAAUGUGCUGUCGAAAGAUGACAUCAUGGAUUUCUUGAAUUAGAGUCCUUAAAAAUUUAAAAACUUAUGAUGAACGAAAUUCUUCUUAUGUUUACUUCCAUUUCUUUUUUGAAUUAUCUUAAUUUAUGACUUUUACUGUUUUUUAGUUUAUUUAAUGUGAAUGAUGAUUAACAAUAAAUAUAA